CUUGAGGCAGUGGCGUGCGCGAACCUGCGCCACCACAACAACACUGCUGGUUUCCUUCAAGAUACUCAAGCACACCAGUCUUCCUCCAGGAAACUGGACAGCUUACCGGAAUCUAACCAGAUAGCCUGCCUGCUACCCGGAUCUUUGGGACACUAGAGACUGUGGCACCACAGCCUGCAAGGCUCCCAAAUCCUAAACAAGAACAAACUGCUGGGUGCUGGACUGCUGCUGGUAGUCAGGUGGUGUGACACGGCAUGUCACGCGGCGGCAGGACCAAGACCAGGGUCAGGCGAGAGGACCCCAAGCCCUCCAGAAGGCAGGAGACCCUCAAGGCCACUUCAGAAUGUGUUCAAGCAGCUCACCGGCGUGCCCAGGAGUACUUCCUCAGUAUGAUAGAAGGCCCCGUGGAACCCCAGGUGUUUGUGGCCAAAGCAAAGUACAUCAACCCACAGGUGUAUAGUGAUGUGGUGGUGGAACGUGCUGUGGCAGGGCUGUGUGGUUAUCCAAUGUGCUCCAAUACCUUCACUGACACCUAUGGCUCCAGGAGCUAUGUCAUCCGUAACAACAUACUCUAUGACAUCACUGAACGCAGGAAUUUCUGCAGUAAUGUAUGCUAUGAGGCAUCAGAGUUGGUGUAUGAGCAAGUGUUGACACUGCCGCUGUACUUGAGGGACACAGAGGAUGCUGACAUCAAAGACAUCUGCCUGCCCAACCUGGCCAAGCUGAAGGGAUGUCAUGGCAAAGUUAUGGACAUAACAGGAGGUAUAGGCAAUAUUAAGAUUGAUAAAGAUGAGAAGCCCAAGAGAAGGACAGCCUUUAUGAGUGUUGAUGAAAUUGCCCGAGAGUCCCUGGUUAACUGGUCUGAAAGUGAUGCAGAGAAAAAUGCUCAUGACAAAAACAGCCACAAGUCAGACUGUGAUGUGAAGGAGAAAGAAACCAGCAAGUGUGAAUCAAAGGAGAACACAAAGGAGGAGGCUGCAGCAAAUCAACUUGCUGAUGUUCUAAAUGUGGAGAGUGCAAUGAGACAGUGGGUGUCCUUUGAUAGCCUGCGGGUGAUUCUGGGAGACCAGUAUGUGAGGGGCAUGCUGGAACACUGUGGACGCUCCUGGGACAAUUAUGACACCACUUCAGGUCUAAGGCUGAGUGUGGAGGCAAAGGCUAAAUAUAUUGCUGUUUGCCGCAAGCUGGAGCAAGAUGAGAGAUGGGAAGAGGAAGGAGAGGACAUCCUUGAUAGACAUUCAGGGAAGCAAAUUGAGGCUCAGAAGCCUUUGCCAAACUAUGCUCAGUUGCAGCGUGAUGUCAAGAAACAGCAACUAAAGGUGGUGUCUUUCUUGGGAGGAAAUGAUCAGUAUGAAGAGGAAAGAGAUGAGCUGGACACCAUACCUGAGGAAAAAGAAGGGGAAUCUCAGCCAAAUACUAAGAGAAAAGUAAAGUUUAAGAAGCAAUCUAAUGAUUCUGAUGCAGGAGAGCCAACUCUGCCUCUUGUUGACUCUUAUUCUCAAGAUGCUUGGCGACAGAACAUAGUGAUUGAGAAAGUCACUACAUAUUUGCAGCAAAUGCUGGAGAUGACGACGUUGAGCAUGCAAGAGAUUCAGAAGCUGCUGAGACCCAUGGUGGCCACCUUCCACUUGUCUGCGAAUAACAUCUCCUUCCAGCCUAAGCAAUGGCGGAUUGUCAGUCUUAUUCUUCUCAAGUUGUUAAGCGUGAGAUACCAAAUCAUUCAAGAUGCACUGAGGACUGAGGAAGGCCUUAGCAUGCAGACGUCCAUACUCUCCACUUACUCCCUCGAUCUUGGCUACAGUGACAGGGUCAUAAGCUAUCUGACAGAAAUCCAGCAUGUCUUAAGCAAGGAUUUCAAUGAUGAAAAGGCUGAGGAUGCAGAGAGUAGGAAUACUCUUCAGAAUGCUGAUAUCCCUCUGCAAACAUGUCCAGGAGGAGAUGCUGGGGUUAACAGUGUAAGGGAAAGUAUAAAUAGUUUAAAGACACAAGUACUUACUCAUGACAUGGUACAAGUAAAAACAAGUAAUAAUUUUGUAGAUUAAAAGAGAAGAUAUGUAGAUGUGUAACUUUUGUGAUAUUUCAUAGUUGUAAUGUGAACAUUUUUACAUAUUUAAAUAAAUAUGGAUAACAUA